AUGAAUAAAUCAAAAUCAAAUCAAAAUGCCGAUGCAUCACCUAAAUCAACGACAUCAUCAAAUAUUCGACAACCACGACGACGUAUGGCUCAAAACUACCUUCUCCUAUGGGUAGAUACCGGCAACGAACAAACGAACGAAGAUUAUGAAAAUACAUUAAAACAAAUACAAACUAUUACUGGUGAUGUCAAUGUCUUUACACAACGAGAUGCAUGCAUCGACUUUCUUACAGAUGCUCAAGAAGACAUCAAGUCUUUUCUCGUUGUCAGGGAUACUAUGCUUGAACAAAUAAUUCCCCUCAUUAAUGAUAUUCCUCAGCUAGAGGGUAUUUAUAUCUUUAGUGAUAUUAAAAUCCCACAUGAACAAUGGACAAAAAAAUGCGACAAGACCAAAAGCAUUCAUACCAAUGUCAGUAAUCUAUACCAAGCAUUACAAAUCGGUAUCAAGCAAUUCAACCAAGACUCAAUAGCCAUGAGUUUUAUCACAGUAAAGGAAAUGGUUCUAACUGAUAAUUUAAAUCAGUUGGAGCCAAAUUUUAUGUAUACACAGAUAUUCAAAGAAAUUCUUUUUGAUAUGGAAUAUGAUGAACAGGCUAUCAAAGACUUUAUUAGUUACUGUCGAGAUUAUGACUGCGUGUCACCAAAGUAUAUUGACCGUUUUCAGAAAGAAUACCAUGCUCAAUUAGCUAUUUGGUGGUAUACUUUCCCAUCCAAUAUCUAUUAUAUGCUUAACUAUGCCCUUCGAACAUUGGAAGCCGAUGUAAUUAUUACGAUGGGUUUUUUUAUAUGUCAUCUGCAUCAACAGAUUCAGCAAUUACACAAACAACAGGCUGAUAGCUAUGGUAAAAAACCUUUUUUAGUUUAUCGAGGACAAGGUCUUACGAAAGCAGACUUUGAAAAACUUCAAAAAACAAAAGGUGGACUUAUGUCAUUUAACAAUUUCUUGUCUACCAGUAAAGAUAAAGAAGUGUCUCUCGAAUUUGCUGAGUGUGCUUCGACAAAACCGGAUACAGUGGGCAUUCUUUUUAUUAUGUUCAUUGAUCCUUGUAUUAAAUCAACACCAUUUGCCUCCAUCAAAGAGAUGAGUUAUUUUACGGAAGAAAAUGAAAUUCUCUUCUCAAUGCACACUGUGUUUCGGGUAAAUGGAAUAAAACAAGUGGACAAUAAGAAUCAGCUUUAUCAAGUUGAAUUACAAUUAACAGCUGAUGAUGAUCAACAACUACGAUUACUUACUGAUCGGAUACGAGAAGAAGCUAACGAUAAAACUGAAUGGUACAGAUUGGGUAGCUUAUUGCUUAAAAUUGGUCAAUUCAAUAAAGCUGAAGAACUUUAUAACAUAUUACUCGAACAAACAUCUGAUGACAAUGAAAAAGCGCUUUGUUAUGGUGGUCUGGGAUACAUCAAAGACGACCAGGGUGAUUAUGAAAAGGCUAUUCGGUAUUACGAACAAGGACUUGAAAUUAAACAAAAAAAUCUUUCUUUAAAUCAUCCUUCAUUGGCUACUUCAUAUACUAACAUCGGUAAUGUGUAUGGAAGCAUGGGAGAGUACUCGAAAGCACUUUCAUUUUACGAAAAAGCACUUGAAAUUCGAGAAAGAACUCUUCCUUUAAAUCAUCCUGAUUUGGCUAACUCAUACAACAACAUUGGUAAUGUGUAUGAGAGCACAGGAGAGUACUCGAAAGCACUUUCAUUUUAUGAAAAAGAUCUGCAAAUUUGCCAAAAAACUCUUCCUUUAAAUCAUCCUGAUUUGGCUACUUCAUACAACAACAUCGGUAGUGUUUAUGACAACAUGAGAGAAAACUCGAAAGCACUUUCAUUUUACGAAAAAGCACUUGAAAUUCGAGAAAAAACUCUUCCUUCAAAUCAUCCUGAUUUCGCUAACUCAUAUAACAACAUCGGUAGUGUGUAUGAGAGCACGGGAGAGUACUCGAAAGCACUUUCAUUUUACGAAAGAUCACUUGAAAUCUUUCAAAAAACUCUUCCUUCACAUCAUCCUUCACUGGCUACUUCAUACAACAACAUCGGUUCUGUAUAUAAAAGCAUGGGAGAGUACUCGAAAGCACUUUUAUCUCACGAAAAAGCACUUGAAGUCUUUCAAAAAACUGUCCGUUCAAAUCAGCCUGAGUUGGCUACAUCAUACAACAACAUCGGUAUAGUGUAUUUCAAUAUGAUAGACUAUUCGAAAGCACUACCAUAUUUAGAACGUGCUCUGGACAUAUGGCAACAUGCGUUACCACCAACUCAUCCUCAUAUAAAAACUGUGAAGAACAGUAUUGAAAUUGUAAAAAAGGAAUUAUAA